UCCUGCCAGAAGAGAGUCACAAAAGUGCAGGCACACACAUGGCCUGUUGGCAGGGCUUGGGUACUUGUCCAGACUACCCCUGCCUGGCCCCACCAACUGCAAAGCCCAGACAGCUCUCUGGCAUUUCUCUCAUGGACGUGUGUGACAAUGAUGAGCUGCUCAACCCCGUCCUGGAUCUGCUUGAUUUUAUCAAUCAAAAACGGCCGCUCACAAAAGACAUCUUCAGGACAGCGAGCAGUAAAGAAUCCUGCACAUCCCUAAAGGAGCAGCUCAACUCUGGGGACGAAGGGAACUGGGAUGGUGAAUGUGCCUUUCUGGCAGUGGUGAUCUUAAAGGAUUUUCUUGAGAAUAUCCAAGGAAGUGUAUUUUCAUCCCGUCUCUAUGAUAAAUGGCUUGCUGAUCCUGAGCAAGGAGAAAGCGAGGAUGAGAAAGUAUCUGCCACCUGGAGGCUAUUAGACCAGCUGCCGAGAGCCGACGCUGUCCUCUUGCGGUAUCUCUUUGGAGUAUUACACAUCGAGCAGCAGAUGACACACAAGAUGACAGCUUAUGUUUUAUCACUGCAUAGCCCAGAGCCUUCUUUGUCUGCCCAGUCCUUGCAACACAGACUACACCCACAGCGAAGGUACUACAUCAUCUGAGGGCACCCAUCAUACUCUGCUGCUUCACGGCCACGUAGAACUCAGAAGAGGCGGCAGGGCACAGCAGCGGCACCUCUUCUUCUACAGCGAUUUGCUGCUUGUGUCUGACACCAACUCACUCGCAGGCUUCUGCUGGAAAUUCUUUGAACGUUGAAAUCAACUGAAAUGGAAGAAGUAGUUGACUCACUGCUACCUAAGUAUUUGAUGAGCGUAUGAAAAAACCUGUGAGAAAAAAAUUCAGUAUCGAUGAACACGGUGUGGACUGCUGACUUUAUGCGGAGAGCCAACAUCAGUGCCCAGAGGUCCUUUGUCUUGGGCUGGCCCACGGUGAACUUUGUGGCCUCCUGUAGAUCUCCAGAACUAAAGGAAAAUGGUACUCUUUCCUUCAAAGAUACAUCAAUCUAUCCAAAGAGAAGGACCAGCCCAAAAACAUUCCCCUCAAAAUCUGCACUGGGGACAUCAAGAACUGUGCUUGUUCUAUACCGAUAACAGUAACAAAUUCAGACACAGUGAAUGAUGUCAUCAACAUGACACUACCAGUGCUAGGAAUAACUGGCUCCGAGAAAGAUUACCAGCUGUGGGUCAGUUCUGACAAGGAAAAGACCCCAUAUCUAAUCAUUGGGCAUGAAUGUCCCUGUGGAACUAAAAUGAGCCAUCUUCCAGCUACUACUUUCCUGCCCCAGGGACUGGAGGAUUCUGCCUCUUCUUUCAUUCUGAGGCCGAG